GAAAAUGCGUUUUUUGUUUUCUUUUCGUAUCUGAAUAUGAGGUGUGACUUAAUUUAAACUUUUAUUUUGAAGUUAGCAAACGUACAACUCCACUGCGAGAGCUGGCGCUGUAUGCUUCAGCAGUAAACUCUAAAUAAAUGCAGUCAGUACGCGGUAGUUGUAGGUAAUUUGGAGAGAAAUGUGCGGAAUAAGAGGAGAAAAUCAAAAGACAGACAACCGUAAGACGCGUGGGUCAUUUCUUCCUGCUUCAGCUGAGUUAAGUUAAGGACAAUAGAUUAGCUAAGUGGCUAGCUGCCUUUGGGAGGGGGGGGUUUACAAUGCAUCAGGAGUUCAACCGGCUGACUCACUCAACUUGCACAUUUUGAGAGUUUUGUCCAAACAGCUCAGGAGGGGGGAAAAGAGUCGGGGGUUAAAGAUGGACAAUGGCACCAUUUAUGUCCGAGAAAAAGGCAGCCUUCGUCGUGUCAGUGACAUAGUCUUGGCACAGCCAAAGCCAGUGUCAUCUUGCAGAAGGACAAAUCCGUUUGUGCUGAGAAAGGAGCACUUCAUAUUCACCUACAAUGCAGAGGGAAGUCUGAGAUACACAACAAAGUCCCUCUUUGACAUCACUCUGUUAUUCGUGGCUGAUAAUAUACACCAUGUGGACUCUCUUGUUGGCUUCCCAGAGCAAAUAGGAGACAGGCUUUUCACAGCAGCAGAGGAGAACCGUGUGUUUUUAAACGCAGACAUUUCUCCAAAAGCCCUGCAGCUGUUUAGUGAUGCAUAUGGGGAGCUGGUGCUUGGAUCACUGUGUCUGAGAAACAGGUUUCCGCUCCUGCACGAGAGGAUGAACGAAAUCAAAACAUUUCACAGUUUGAAGUCUCUCGACCUGUUCGGCUGCAGACUGGGUGAUGAUCAUGAAAUAUUCCCGCAUCUGACAUCCAGCUCACUGGCAAGCCUGAUUCAGCUUUCCAUUGGUGGUAACAGUCUGUCGGACGUCGGCCUACAAAGACUGACAGCUCCUGUCCGCAUGAUGAGGAAGGGACUGGACUGUCUGCAGGCUCUUGACCUCUCCUAUAAUCCUAUCUCAGAUCGAGCCUUAAGAUACCUCACAUGCCUCCCCAAGCUCGAAAAACUUGAUGUAUCUGGCACAAGGUUCAAGCUUUGCACAACAUUGAAGACAACCAUAUGGGACCAGCUGGGGCUCAUUCAUUCGGAGAAACCAUUGGACACUUUCGAUCACGCCAGAUGUAAAACAGAAGGUUGGGCGGAGCAGAUUGUAAACCAGUGGGAAACAAAUAGCUCACACAUGCCAAAACAGAAGAAAAUUGACGAAUCCAGAUCUUCAGCACUUCGUUUUUUUGGCAGGCAGAAGUUUGUCAGAGAUGUUCUGAAUGCAGCCCCUUUGGUAUGUGAGAGCAAGGAAGAUGCCAAGAAAGAGAGACUGCAUUUCUACAGACCUGCAGCGAACAAUCUCAUACCAGAGAAACACGCUUCACCUGCAACCAAUCAUCAAGGGAAGGCUUUGCAAAAUAUCAAGAAAAGGAAGCGUCAGUCGGAGACGCGUGACAGUGCCUGUCAAAGUGUUCCAACGAAGCAUUCGUCCUCAUCCGUCCUAACAGCAGAGGACGUGGACUUGUUAAACUGCUACUGAUGCAGGCGAGCGUUGUGGCAUUCCACAACGAGUGUGUCAGUGAGCUUAUUGUGCGGGAAUGUUUUCUACAUUACUCACCUGGUGAACUGUGAAGACUUGACCUUGGAUACAGGUUGCAUUGUUUUUAUAUUGUCAUAAAUAAAGCUUAGAAUUUU